AUGAAAAAAGUCAAGACUAAUUAUGGGUACACCCCAAAAAAUGAAGACAAGGCAGUGAAGGCAGCUAUUAAGGAUGCAAAAAUAAGCUUCAAGAACACACACCAAACAGUCACAAUUCUCCGGGGAAUGUGGCUGGUCUCCGCCAUAAAGUACUUAGAGGAUGUUCUGGCACACAAGAGAUGCAUUCCCAUGAGAAGAUUCAACGGAGGUGUCCCAAGAGUCGCCCAGGCAAAGGAGUUUGGAGCCCUCCAGGGAAGAUGGCCAGAGAAGAGUGUUAUACAGGCAAAGACUAUGCUGAAGAACAUGCAAAACAUUGCCGUUGGCAAGGGAUUAGAUAUCUCCAAGAUGAAAAUAGUGCAUGCCCACGUUAAUAGAGCCCCAAUCAUCCACAACAGAACGUACAGAGCACACGGAAGAGUCACUGCAUGGAACAAGUCCCCAUGCCACGUUCAGCUCAUUGCAGAGGAGCAGCUUGGAGAAAUCCCAGCAGAAACCGCCGUAAAGACAAUUGCUGAGAAGAGAGCAUUCAGAAAGUUCGUCACCCUUGCAGUCAAGGGUCACCUCAGAGGACCACACAGAAAGCAGAUGCUGAGGGACUAAGCCAACGCCAAUUAAUAAAGCG